AUGCAGAGCUUCGACGGAGCCUCUCGCCCGACUGAGGCCGACGCAAGCCGUACAGCUUCCAUCGCCGGGCGCUCAUCUCGGACCGCCUCUCUCGGUGACAGCGGCUCGCUAUUAUCAACUGUAGCGCUAGAGCCCAACUCCGCCCCAGAAGCCUCACUUACAUCGUCGUCAAGCCACAAAACCUCCGAAGACCAGACAGACGGGCCAACUAUCGCACAUCCCGACGAUGAUGGCUUGUUACGAUCUCCUCUAUCGCCCUUCGGGCCAGGGCCAUAUAAUCCUCCACCGCCGCCCUCGAUCAGCGAAGAUGUCGGCGAGGAAGAAGACGAGGAGCCGCGGAUCGCAACGUCAUUUGAGCGGGACUCGAUGUCUGCAUCGGCGCAGAAGCAGCGACAAGUCUACCUAGAUAGUGGCGGAGAUGAUGGGAUUUACCGGAUGCACAAGUUCUCUCUGUAUGAGACGGCAACGUGGUUCUACAUGGUCGGCAUGGAUUUGUCGGACACGAGGUUUCGCAUUCUGAAGAUUGAUCGGACCUCUGAAACGGAUGACCUGAACAUAAUCGAGGACGAUAUUGUUUAUACGAAGAGGCAGAUGAGCCAGCUUCUGGAUGCAAUAGACGAUGGGAAUAAGAGUUCAGGCGGCUUGAAGCUCAAAUGCAGCGCUUGGGCUAUACUUGGCUUUGUGCGCUUUACGGGGGCAUACUAUAUGCUUCUGGUGACGAAGAGGAGCCAGGUUGCAAUGAUCGGGGGUCAUUAUGUCUACAAGAUCGACGGGACGGAGCUGAUCUCUCUCACGACAUCUUCGAGCUCGUUGCGGUUUAAGCCCGAGAAGAACCCCGAGGAGGCGAGGUACAUUGCGAUCCUUCACAGCCUCGAUCUCACCAGAGCGUUCUACUUCAGCUACUCUUAUGAUGUUACCCACACCCUCCAGCACAAUAUUGUUCGGGAUCGCAAGCUUCAUGAGGACGGCCAGCCAAGAGCAUUUCGGCAGGAUUUCAAUACGAUGUUCAUCUGGAAUCAUCAUCUCCUUGCGCCUGCCAUCAUGCAUCUAAAGAACCCGUACCAAUGGUGCCUGCCUAUCAUCCAUGGGUAUGUCGAACAGGCAAAGAUGUCCGUCUAUGGACGGCUUGUGUACAUCACCAUUAUCGCUCGAAGGUCUCGAUUUUUUGCUGGAGCGCGGUUCUUGAAAAGAGGUGCGAACGAUCUUGGCUAUGUCGCGAAUGAUGUAGAGACGGAGCAGAUUGUCUCUGAGAUGACAACGACUUCAUUCCAUUCGGCGGGACCGGACCUCUACGCAAAUCCAUUGUAUACGUCUUACGUCCAGCAUCGAGGGAGUAUCCCUCUCUACUGGACGCAAGAGAACUCGGGCGUCAGCCCAAAGCCCGACAUUGAAUUGAAUCUCGUUGAUCCAUUCUACUCUGCCGCCGCUUUACACUUCGAUGACCUUUUUGCACGGUACGGUGCGCCAAUAUAUGUCCUCAACCUCAUUAAAUCACGAGAGCGGACACCCCGGGAGUCGAAGCUUUUGAAAGAGUUUACGAACGCUGUGGAGUACCUCAAUCAGUUCCUGCCCGAAGAUAAGAAGCUCAUCUAUAAACCUUGGGAUAUGAGUCGGGCAGCCAAAAGCCGGGAUCAAGAUGUAAUCGAGACGCUGGAAGAUAUCGCAGGCGAUAUAAUUCCCAGGACCGGCUUUUUCCAGAAUGGCCAUGGUGUGGACACAGGGCUAAGAGUGCAGAAUGGAAUCGCAAGAACAAAUUGCAUAGAUUGCCUUGACCGCACUAAUGCCGCGCAGUUUGUUAUUGGAAAGCGAGCAUUGGGAUACCAACUCCAUGCUCUAGGUAUUAUAGAGGGUACGACAGUGGAGUACGAUACGGACAUCGUCAACCUGUUUACGGAUAUGUGGCAUGAUCAUGGCGAUAACAUUGCUAUCCAGUAUGGGGGGUCACAUCUUGUCAACACCAUGGCUACGUACCGCAAGAUCAAUCAGUGGAGUAGUCAUUCCCGCGACAUGGUUGAGAGCUUCAAGCGGUAUUACAACAACUCGUUCCUCGAUGCACAGCGUCAAGAAGCCUAUAAUCUGUUCCUAGGAAACUAUAUCUUCUCACAAGGCCAACCAAUGCUCUGGGAUCUCUCCACCGACUACUACCUGCAUCACGCCGACCCCAGAUUCUGGGCGAACAAAAAGAAGCCCAACUACAUCAAAUGGUACACAGAAGAGAACUUGAAAGAGCGCGAGAUGCCCGUCCCGCCAGCUCCGCCAAAGGAGCCAUUAUCUCGCUAUGACGACUACUGGUUCGAAUACUACCGCCCCCUAGCCAUCUCCUCAUUCUCCAAAAUAUUCUCAUUCAAGAUGAACUCCACCCUCCGCUACCUUCCCUUCCGCCCAACAUCCACAGACGACUACAACCUCAGCCCCUUUGUGCCCCGCAUUUCCCACGAACAACUCAACCGCGAACGACCCCAGCGAAGCGUCAAGAUCCAAGAACCGGAACCCUCAUCCAACGCCCCAGAUCACCCUCACCAACCGUAUACCACUGAAAGGCGCCCCGGGAUCAUGAAACCCAUCUCGUCGCUCGGACCAUUACGCUCCAACACGAUAUCCAGCCACCCAUCCAUGGAUUCGUCCCUCACAACCAACACCCCGAGCAAAGCCCAGAUUGCUCAGUGGACUCUCGGCCAGCUUGUCACCGACUCCCUGAAUCCGUCCGUGACGAGCGCCGAAGCCGAGGAAUACGAGCGCUAUAUAAACCACCCGCUUAAAGUCCCGCUGGUCGUGACGUCGGAAGACGAGCUAACGGCCGCAUCAAUACGUGAGCACGAGUCUAAUCUUGAUCUGGUCGAGUACGUGAAUAAGUGUAAUGUGGAGGAGUAUACCCUUGGCGCGAACGCGGAGGAGAAUCUAGCUGACUAUGCGGAGUUUUUGAACGUCUCUGAGGAGGGUCUAACGGUUGUCGAAGAGGAUAAGGAUAAGAAGAGGUAUAAGCGCUACGGGCAGUGGCUGAAGGGGAAGAGUCUUUUCAAACAGAGGGCGGAGACGUAG